AUGGAGUUCCUGGAGGACUACGAUUUUGAGAUACACUACUAUCCCGGUAAGGCCAAUGUGGUAGCGGAUGCUUUGAGUAGGAAGUCGAUGGGUACAAUAGCCAACUUGGCAAUGAACGAAUGGAAGAUGUUGGGAGAUGUCAACGAGUAUUCUCUGCGGCUCGGUGAAUCUUCGGAACAAGCAACCUUUUUUACCACCAUCACACAACUGACUCUUGUUGCAAGAGUAAUUGAAGCUCAACUGGGUGAUCCAGAAGUGGAGACCAUUAAAGGGAGAAUUCAACUCGGAAAGGAAGAGAGGGGUUUGAAUGUUCAUAAAGACUCUAGUGUUCGUUACCUCGACCGGUUGUUCGUGCCUGAAUCCAUGAGAAAUGAAGUUUUGAAAGACUUUAAUCAUUCUUGUUUCGCGGUGCACCCGGGGGGCACCAAAAUGACUCAAAGAAGUAACGAUGCAGUGUGGGUGAUUGUUGACAGACUUACUAAAUCAACUUAUUUCCUCGCCAUGAGUAUGAGGGACUCCAUAGAAUUUUUAGCAGAACUCUAUAUUCGAGAGAUUGUUCGCCUUCACGGAGUACCAAUCAGUAUAGUAUCUGAUAGAGACCCUCGUUUUACAGCCAGGUUGUGGCAGAGUCUUCAAAGCGCUUUGGGAACUCAACUGAACUUUAGUACUGCAUAUCACCCCCAAAUUGAUGGGCAAUCCGAACAUGUUAUUUAG